UCCCUUUUGCCUUCCCCCAUUAUCCAUUCACCGCUUAAUGGCUCGUUCACUUUGCCAAACCGCAAUCAAGCUACGACCCUUCACCAAACCUUGCACAUCAUCCUCUCGUCUCGUUUCGUUGCGAACCCAAUCGAGCCAACCCAAUCAUUUCGAUCAGUCCGAUGCUUCUUCCGAGUCUUCCUCCGAUCCGCUCCUGCGAAAACUCGAAGACGCCAUCCAUCGGAUCAUUGUUCGCCGUUCGGCGCCCGAUUGGCUCCCUUUCCUACCCGGAUCCUCUUAUUGGGUCCCGCCUCCCACGUCGCAAUCAUACGGCCUUGCUCAGAUUGUUGAGAAAUUGGCUAAUCCUUUGACCCCGGAGGAGUCCUUGUCCACCACCACCGUACGAGGUUGGCCUUCUUCCGAGUAUUUCAUCAAAGGUGGAUCCCCCCAUCCGGUGGAGGUAGAAAUGAAAUCGAAUGCUUCAUCUAAAUCCGAGGAAGAAGGAUGAAACCAUUCUCAUUGCACUAAUAAGAGCAUCUGGGCGAAUUGGGGGACUUUGCAGGCUCAAUAAGUAGAUUUGUUGACAAGGAGAGCUUUUUCAGUCAAGAUUGGAGGAGCUGUACAGAUGCAAUAUAAAAAUGGAACUGAAAUAAAAACCCUCCUUUUUCCUUUUCAUUUUAACAGCUAAAAUAUGAUAUGUAUUUUAUGAUGUAUUAUUAAAGAGAUGAUUAGAUUUUAUAAGUUUAGAUUAUAUGAGCAUCAUCACUCCAUGUUAAGCCUGUGCUUUAGCAUUAUAUUCCAGCUUUUUCUACGUGUAAAUAUUUAAAAAGAAAGGUGUGAAUAUGGAUUGUAUUUGUAAGAUUCUCCAUUUCACUUUCUUCAAUUGCUACGUCCAAAUGUCUAGAAGAAAACAUGUAAAAGUAUUAUUCUAGUUAAAAAGAAACAGAUGUGUUUGGACUUUGCAUUUGAAUCCAUCAUGUUUAGACUC